CGGGCGGGUGGGGUGGGGGGGUGCAGUCCGGUUCUGGAGACUUUUUCACAUGAGUUGGUUUGAUUCCUCUGCAGACUGAACUCUUCCUCUCUGCUGACGCUGUGAACAACACAGUGACACAGACUGAAGGUUCUCUCAUCGGAACACGUUUAUGAUGAUUUAUUUGAGAUGUUAGUUGGUAGUUAAAGUGAUGCUGACUGACUGACGGUACAAAGCGGACCCCCCCCCCCCCCCCCCCCCCCCCUGCAUCCUGAUGGAGACUUUCUUCUUUUUAAGCCAUAAUGAUAUCUGUUUAGACUCGUAGCCUUUAGUUAACAUUUCCACUAAUUUUCAGGGAUUAAUUGAGUGUUUAUAGAUCAUAUUGAAGGGGUGUCUGGUUUGUUGUUGUUUGUUGUUGUUGUUUGUUGUCACCUCAUCCACGUGGAUCAGGUCAGUGGGUGAAGUUUGGCUCUCUCUCUCUGCAGAGGGGGUUUUGUUAAAGAGACCCCAACAAAGACUUGAAGAAGCUGUUGCACCUUCACAGUUUCUUUCUAAAGAAAUAAACACUUUGAGGAGUGAACGCCGGUUAACAUGGCCGGUGACUGCGCACACACCACCGCGCAUUACGCCUUCACUCCGGCCAAAGCCUCCUGCUGGUCGGAUGAAGCCGGAGAGAUGGAGGCAGCAGCCGGGAACUCUUCUGCAGGGCGUGGACCCCCUGCACGGUGGUCCUCCAACUUUGAGAUGAUAGAAGGCUUGCUGUACCGCAAAAAACUGGAAAAGGGUUUCAUCAACUACCGGGAGGUUCUGGAUGAGGACCGGAGACACGAGGCUCUCUCCACCUUCCACCGGAAGCGCCGGCCGAGCCAGCAUCACCUCUCCCUGGAGGAGACUUACAAAUGUGUGGCUGAGAACUACUGGUGGGAGGGGAUGUACUUCCAGAUCAGAGAUUUUGUCUUGGCCUGUCAAGAGUGUCAGAGGCAGCAAACCAAAAACACUGAGGAGCAGGGUGGUAGAAGAUGUGUCACUAAGACGAUGUCAUCGCACGGCACCGACAUGCUGAGCAAGCUGAGGAGUCAGCGGGAGGCGGGGCUCUUCUGUGACAUCACCCUGCGGACAAACGGGCGAUCCUACUCGGCCCACAGAGCCGUGCUGGCAGCCGUCAGCGAUCACUUCCAGGAAAUCUUCACAGACAUGGAUUCAGGCAUGAAAGCAGACAUAGAUCUCACCGGCUUCAGUGAGGACAGCCUUUUGUCUCUGCUGGACUUCUCCUACUCCUCCACUCUGUGCGUUCGCCAGGAGGACCUACCCGAGGUCAUCGCCAUGGCCGCCCACCUGGGCAUGUGGCCGCCGUGGAGGCGUGCGCCGCUCUCAUGA